UCAGGGCGGUACGUAGCGUGCGCGGGAGUGCACUAUGACCUGAUGUGCCUGGACACAGUGCUGCACAAACAGCAGAGGCGCCUGCAGGAGAACAGAGAUGUAGAGAUAGUUGCUGAAGGUUUCUUUGCCCUCGCCCAUGAUCAACAUGGCAAGCGCUCGGGAGGCAGAGUCUGGUAACGACUCUGAUGGGGAAACCUCCGAAGACCCAGAAAGACAAGCAAUGGAUUAUGUGUUAAGAGUUCUUCACACCGUGACCCUGCAGGACCGAGCUAACCGGGCCCCGCACACUCUGCCUGUGGAAGCUCAGGAUGGGAUCCAGCAUGGCGGCUUGGAUCUGAAGAAGUCUCCAGUAUCAGGGGAGGAUGGAGAGGUGACAUCGCUGCUCUUACUUCUUCCCCUUGAACUUAUCUUGCACAUACUGUCAUAUCUGGACGCACGUUUCAUCCAUGGUGUGCUGCCAUUGGUGUGCCGCACCCUCAGAGACAUUGUGUCAGAGAAGAUGACCUGGAGGGUGAGGGUUCAGAAGAGGGUCCGCUCCAACUUCCCAGUGGUAGAACGAAACUUUGAUUGGCUGUCUGCCUGUAUAGAAUUGGAAGAGCAGCUCUCUCAUUGGUCGGAUCAUGGGAAGAUAGAACAUUUCUCAUUGGCUGAUGGGCAACGCCCUGUGGACGCCAUCCUCCUGUUACAGGGCGGAUCUUUAUGUGUGUCUGGCUCGCGGGACAGAAAUGUCUGCCUCUGGAACCUACAAAACCUGGGAAAAGACCAAGAGAAAGUUAUAGUGAAGCCCUUGGGGACGAACAAAACUGGAACCCAUAAGGGCUGGGCCUGGUCACUGGCUGCCUGUGAGAAUCGGGUGUGCUCUGGGUCCUGGGACAGCACCAUGAAGAUCUGGGAUAUUGGAGCUGAAGGACAGCUGGUUCAGGACAUGAAGGGGCGAGCUGCGAUCCUUUGCCUGUCCUACCUGCCAGACAUCCUGGUGGCAGGAUCCUACGACAAGAGAGUGAGUGUGUAUGACCCAAGAGCUUCUUCACCAUUGAUAAAGUCCCGCAAGAUACAUUCCAGUCCAGUGUUAUCUCUUGUAGCCGACGACCGUCACAUCGUGUCUGGAAGCGAGGACAGAACCUUGGUUGUGUUUGACCGCAGUAAUGCGUCCUUACAGAGAAUACAGCUGGAUAACUACCUCUUCUGCAUGUCCUAUGAAGCUCCACAACUAUGGGCUGGAGACAACCAAGGCCUGAUCCACGUGUAUGGGAGCCACGGAGGGACAUUCAAGCAGCUGCAGUGCUAUGAUGUAGGACAUGCAUCCCAGGUCACUGGUAUAUGGCAUUCAGCAGGUGCGCUGUACACGACGUCCACUGAUAAGACUAUGAAGGUUCACAUUCCUACUGAUCCGCCCAAGAUGCUCAACACGCAGACGCAGAGCAGCGUAGUCAAUGGGGUCAGUGCGGCCGGGCACACGGUGGCUGCAGCCUCUGGUGGCCAGACGGUGGAGAUCUGGAGAUUUCCGGACUAGUGGUGGACGUCUCUGGACUGCCAUGCAAACACAAAAGAGAAAUAUGGAAUCGCGUGAGGUGACCGGCGUGGAAACUGUUAAAUUGUACCAGGGCUGGCGUCUUUUUUUGCUCAUUUGGGUCUCCAUGAUGUCAUAUGUCGGUGGCCACGUGUACGGACACAUGAUGCGUGGCCAUCAGCAGCACUGGUCUUGUCUGUAUAUUGGGCUCCAUACUCCGUUUUUUAGUCACCAUUUUAAAUGCUUCAAAAUAAAAAUAAAAAACAUGGAAAG